AUGGCAGUUCGUCUGUGGGCUGCAGGGUGUAGAUCUAAAUAUAUGGGAGCAUUGGGUAGACUUAGAUUCAUCAGAAAACCUAUCUGUGUAAUAGAUCUAAUUGUUGUCUCAGCAUCAAUAAUAGUUCUUUCGGUUGGGAGUAAUGGACAGGUCUUCGCUACUUCAGCUAUCAGAGGCAUUAGGUUCCUUCAGAUAUUGCGAAUGCUACAUGUUGACCGACAGGGGGGAACCUGGAGACUUCUAGGCUCGGUCGUCUUCAUACAUAGACAGGAACUAAUUACAACCCUGUAUAUUGGGUUCCUGGGCCUUAUAUUCUCAUCGUAUUUUGUUUACCUCAGCGAAAAGGACGCAAUCGGUCCCAACGGAAGAUCGGAUUUUAAUAGCUAUGCUGACGCACUUUGGUGGGGAGUGAUAACUGUGACUACAAUUGGAUACGGAGAUACUGUCCCGAGAACAUGGAUGGGCAAAAUUGUUGCUUCUUGCUUCUCUGUCUUUGCUAUUUCAUUCUUUGCUCUGCCAGCUGGUAUUCUGGGAUCUGGGUUUGCUUUGAAAGUUCAACAAAAGCAAAGACAGAAACAUUUCAACAGACAAAUACCAGCAGCAGCAGGUUUAAUACAGAGUUUAUGGCGCUGUUAUGCAGCUGAUAAGAGUUUCAAUAGUAAAGCUACAUGGAAAAUACAUCUCAAGGACUGCGGUUCAACCAACUCUAUUCAUUGGAAAGGCGUGGCAAGAAAAGCUAGUGUAUUAAGGCGAAGAAAAUCUAAAGGAUCUCAGUCAAAUAUUGUAAUGCCAAGCAACCAAGAAAAUAGAAGUGAAACUGGUGGAAGUAUGAAUGAUGUUGAUUCCAGACCAGAGACUAGUCAGGACACAAGAUUUCAAGGAACUGAAUCCUCAGAGGCAUCUUCAAUGUUUGAAUCAACUUCAUUUAAAUCAUUUCACCUCCUCCCGACAAUAAGGCGUCCCUCCAUCUUAUCCUUCUCUAUAAGGAGAUCUCGAAGUAGCCAGAACACAACGAAUCAAGAGAAGCGUAGACUCUCAUUGGAGGACAAGGAUUUACAACCGUUAAAACUGGAAGGGGAGAGAAGCAAAUCAAUCAGUAACUUUUCUAGGUCAACCUCUCGUGAUAGUUCCACAAUAAGGAGAAGGCUCAGCUCAGUGGGACAAAUUCUAGAGAGAUCAAGGAGUGCAGCUUCAAGAGCUAGCAACCGAAGAUUUAGAGAUGCAAGAGCUAUUCUUAGUACAUUUGCUGGCAAUCAUGAUAACAAUUCAGGAAUAAGAAAAUUAUUAUUCUAA